GUAAAAGAAAGAGAGAGGGAAAGACAAUGAAAGAGCAAGCAAGAAAGGAAGAAAUAGAGAAACGGAGUUAACAUUUUAAAAUGUCUGUUGAUUCUUUUUCUUCCUCCUGCAUCUGUUUUAUGUGUAACUGUCUCUGUGCUCAGUCUUUUAUUCAGUACAUCUAAUCCAAUGUUCGCUGCCUCUCCUCCUCCCCCAGCAGAGGGUGUGGGACAGGCAGCCUGGUCCUGAGCUCUGACUCCUCUCUGCUCACAGAAGUGAUCGCGCUCAUUCCGAGGACGGACCGGAUUCUCGCUCUGGGAUCAGAUUCAUUUUGGUUUUUUGGUCUUUCCGUGCAGAUCAUAUCCUUCAGCCUCUGGACUCUGGACUCAGGACGUGUGACUGAACCGAGAUUUUCACAUCGGCGAUUAUUUUAAUGAUGGUUCGCCUCAAAUGUAGAUUUUCCCGGAGCCGCAGCUGAUUCGUACUCAGUCCGCCUGGAUCCUCUCAGCGUGAUGGAGACACACGAAAGCGCACUUAUUAAAGUUUUUCUGGUCGGGAUUUUGGUCAACAUUUGGAUGAUGAGAGGGCUGUCAGCCACCGACACUCUCAGCACAGAGUCCAUGCCCCCCCAGCCAAGGAAAGCCUGCAAUGAGUCCCGUCUUCAGUGGGAAGUGGAGGUCUGUGGAGACGCCUUCAAACGGGACAUGGCUCACCUAGACCCACAGUACUGGUGUAACCUCACACACUUCAUCAGUGAGUACCACCUCUUCACCCUCUGCACAGAGACCAAGUCCCACAUUGUUCACUGCUACUGGCCCAACCCGCUGGUGGAGAGCUACAUCAUCCGCAUACACAAGCACUUUUUCUCCAAUUGCACCAUGGAGCAGGUGGUGUGGGUGGACCCACCGGACGACACUCUCACCAUCCUCAUCCUCAUCCCAGUUUUCCUCACCAUGGCCAUGAUUGCCCUCGUGGUCUGGUGCAGCAAGAGGAGCGAUAUCCUGGCCUAGAAGGGGGGGAGGGCAGAGGAGGGCGGAGGAGGACUGAGUCCACAGUCCCAGACUCUUUACUGUGACUCAGCAGAAGAGAGGUUGUUUCAGUUGGUCAGAGAGAAGGAGAGCAGCUCCUUGUAGUUUAAGAAAAGUCUUCAUGCUGAGUGUGUGUUUUUAAAACCUCUAACAUUGGUCUGCAAACACUCAACAUGGUCUCAACUCAGGGGGAAACAGCUAGCCUGCCUCAGCCUCUAAAGCUCAUAGAUGAACACAUCAUGUUUCUUUCAUCUGUUUCAUGGUGAGAUAUCUGCCAGGUGACUUUGAGCUAGGCUAGUUGUUUGCCACUGUUUCCAGUCUUUAUGCUAAGCAAAACUAUCUGGCCAUUAGCCUCAGUUACAUAUUUAAAUAGAUAUCCAUCUUCUUCUGUCGAAAAAUAUCAAAAUACAGUAUGUCUUUAAUUCUGACGUUGGUUCAUGAGAUUUCUCUCUGAUAAAGCUGUGAACCCUCCUGUAAAUCUGGUGAUCUGUUUGCCACAGAUAGAGGGAGGUCUGAUCUAACUGAGACACAGAGGAUAUUGGGGGUUUGCUGUUAAGCAGAUCUUGGGACACUGGGUCUUUGAGCUUGUGGAUCUGGACUGUGGAUCUCAGAGGUUCACGUAAGAGCACUGUAUCAUUGCUGAAGAGGCAGCAACUGAACUCUUCAGUGGUGGAAAACAGACUCCCAGGGGACGAUGGGUUAGUAGCCAAAUGUGGACGUAUUGGUUCUCCCACUGAGCAGACUGUAGCCCCUGGAAACAAAAGACACUGGUGUGGAACCCAAAGACAUUUCAAUGCUCUGAUCAAUUUAUUCUGGGACUUGAAUUUCUCUACCUGAGCCCCGAUGGACUGUUGUAUAACUUAUAACUCUGGAAUAAAUUACUGUUAAUACUCAGAGAGGGGCUCUCAGUGGAAACCCCUCAUACUGUACAGUCAUAUUGUGUCCGUGCUGUCUACUGUACCUGCCCCAGUGUUUGUCUUGAUCAGGUCUGUGACUGCUGUCCUCACCAGCCACCAAACUGAACCAAGCACAGGUUUCUUCUGUUCUUCCAAAGCAUCUGUUUGUCAGCUCUGCUCAGAGCUGUGUGAGAAAACUGAACCUAUUCAGAUAAAAUACCUUCAUUAAAUCUCAUGUCUGUA